AUGCAGUCUUCACCGCCUGUGCGUGCAUCGGCUCAGUUUACUCCGGACAGACCGACGCAACUCACAACGCCGGAGAGACCGAAGAAGCUGCGUGCGAAGAACAUCUACGUUGGCACGGGCUCGUUGGACAGCCUGGACACCCCGGGCUUGGACAAGAAGUCCGGCGACAUCAGCCCGACCCAGAAGCCCAAGAGAAAACGCCGGAGCUCUGAGAACCCCAAACCGUUCAAGAGUCACGAUGAUGGCAGCCAGAACAAGAAGACGAAGACGAACGACGAAGCAGCGGAGCGUGCGAAGUGUCCUUCCCAAGACGAUCUCGGACACACUCCGAGUGAAGGAUGUGUUCAGGUGACUAUGAAAGCUUUGCACCACACGUUUCUUCUUCUCACUGGGAAAGGGCUUGACUUCUUCAUUCCGAAAUGGGCGCGACCGUCCAGAGACCUGUUCAAGGGCGAAAACAUGAUGAAAGCAGAGCUUGGAUCCAUCGACGAGAUGGGACUCCUGCGCUUCGAACCUUUGCAGGUGGCAGACGAAGAGGGGGUGCAGAACAAGUGCUUUCACUUCUUGCACAGUUACAUAGGAGUCAGAGGCGCGAUUUCCCCGGAGAUAUGCCACCCCAAGUGGAACUGCUGGAAGCGAGCUGUGAAACACACUGGCAUGAAUUUUGACUUGAUGCGCCUCACCAUAGCGGCCAACUAUGGACAUGGGUCUAAGAUCACAGGCGAGCGUGUGACGAUGCGACAGGAGUACCUGGAGACGUGGUUAGGGAAACAAGAUGAGCAGUACUUCGAAGAGAUUUCUGAAGAAAUCAACCACGACCGUGGAGAGCGAGGCAUGACCAGCGAUGCUGUGCAAACGUCGAUCGCAGAGUUUUUGGAAGCCCCCCUGAUAAAGCGGCGUGCGCAUUACGCAAAGAACAAAAGCUGGUUCGGCUGCCUCACCUGCUUCAAGAUGCUCUUACGUGACUGGACGGUGUUGCGUGAAGCAGCUCGGGCUGUGGUGGUUGAGUCCGCCGGUAUGGCGCCUUGCCCUGAGAGCACCAGAGCCGAGAAUGGAAUGGCAGGGCUUGUGGGUGGGAUUCAUCACAUGAACUCACAGGGGUGUUGCGAAGCGUGGCACAGUUUGGGGUUCGGGCAGCGGCAGAUUUUGAAAUCGGCAGACGAGGAGGAGCUGCAAGCAGGCGCUGCAGUGGACGAGGCCGAGGACGUAGACGAAGCAGCAGAGGCAGAGGAAGCAGCGGAAGGUGCGCCAGAGAAGCAGAGCAAGUCGGAUUAUUAUGCUGCCUACAAGAGUAAGGGUCCGCACCAGAUGCAGCUGGAUAUACUAUCCGAUGACCGUCUGCGCUGCAGUGCAGAGAUCUUGUGCCGUGUUACCAGGCCAUUGCACAAGCUCUACCAAAGUGAUCUGCAAGCGCAGAAAGAGGGGCUGGAGAAAACUUUGCAAUGGAAUGCAGAGCGCUGUGUUGGAAGCAGUUUGGAAGCCUGCAACCAGAUCCUGACAACCACUUCGAACCCAGCAUUGUACAUGGCCAUGAAGAUGACGCCCCACUGCAACCCGUGUGCCACGCCCGACAUGCUGCCCGAGGAAAUGGAGCUAGCGCAAAAAGCUUUCAGUUUUGCAACCAACUUGGCAGGCAACUUUGCAUGGUCGGAAAUGCUUCACCAAUUUACGUUGCCGCUGGCUGCUGGCUCUCUGUUGCUGGCAGAUCGAGAGAAAGCCCAACGAGCACUUCACAGGAUUGGUGCUAUCAUUGAUGCCGUGGUCAAAGCGGAAGACAUGUUACGGACCAAGCCUGCAUUGGGGCAGUUGUUGCAAGACCUGGCCUUUCAAGAAGAGAGCCUCGCGCGCGAGGUCAUGAUCCGGUUGCGAAGAGCGAAGUACAAGCUUGACGAUCCUGAAGCCCAGACCGUGGUUCGACUCAUGCGAAGCUUUUUCGGGGGCAGCAGCUCCACCAAGGAGAUUUUGGAGAGCUGUUUCGGACAUUUGGCAGAUGUGGUUAGUCGGUCCAACAAGAACAAAUGCACCAGCAGAAUGGGGCUGUGGCUGUAUUGCACCAGCUCGGGUUUCAUCAAAUCAUCAGGAAUGAAGCAGCGCUUGCCAGACCGUUCGGAUUGGCUCAGAUGGCUUGAAAAGUUCGGGAGCGCGAAAGACGAGUGGAUGCAAAAAUUCAACACAGCAUUCAAUGUUGCCGCGACCGCCCUUCCCCAAGCGCAGGACAUGGAGUUUCCCAAGACAGCGGAGGGUGUAGUGAAGACAAAGUGGAGGCUGGCGGGGCCUCUAUCUCACUACAGGAGCGCGGCUGCCGCUUGCUACCUCCUCAAAGAGUCUGAUUCUGGGUUUCGGAAUAUCACCAUGGCUUGGGCAAGCCCUGGCCUCAGCUUUUUGGCACUCGCGCUCCAUCAAUUCCGGCGAGGUGCAUUGCUGUUCAAAGGGGCCAUCUUCUGGGAGCGCUCCAAGGACAUUUUCAUGAUCUCGCUCGGAUUCGUUGGAUGGUGCGCGCUUGGCAUGAAGCUGCGGCGGCACAAAGUGGGCCAGCAGGAGUUCUUGUCCGUUGACCCCAACCAUCAGGGAGUGGAGAUGCUGUUCAAUUUUACAGUGUCCGCCGAAAGUUCUGCAUGGAUGUUUGUCGUGCAUGAGGUUCUCCCACCAGCUUGUGUCCCGGACUCCUUGCAUCAGUUGGGGUCCUGCAUACAUGUGAAGUCAAAGGAAGGGCUCCUGCGUGCAGCGGUUCUUCGCCAGCAGAGCAUGAAGUUGACGAAAGAUCAACUGGUCCAGAUAUGCACGUCCCUGCGAGUGCCUUUGCCAGACCCCAAAAAGGGGUCGGGCAAACGAGGAAACCGAAUCAAGAUCGACUUCGUACGAGCGCUUGUGCGCUAUCUUCUUCCGGACAGUCCGGACGAAGUGGAGGAGCGUGUGGCCGCUCUCAUGGGCAAGCAAGCAGCUCGCCUGGAUAUGGGCGUCUUGGCGAUGAUCAGCGAGAUGGACGUUGACAAUGCCGAUUCCUUUAAAGAGCUGAAGAAGCAGGCUAUGCAGCAGUUUGAGGAAGAGGUGUCCAAAACUGGUGAGAAGCGCGCGGUCAAGAGCAUGAAGGAUGCAGAGGCGCGUGCAGAAGCAGAACGGAAGGUAGCAGAGGCUGCCAAGAAGCGUGAGGAGAAGCAGGAACAGCAACAAGCUGCUGAACGAAAGAGGCAGUGGGAGUUGACGCCGCCCGAUCUCAAGAAGCUCCUGCCGGGGGGCGGUGCCAUUACUUCUACCUUCUGGAUGCGAUUCCAGCCCUUGCAGAAGUUUUGGAAGGUUGAAUACCCCAUCGGCUCUUUGACUGAUUACGAUUUCAAGUUUCAGAAUCCUUCCAGUCCAAGAGUAUAUUGUGUGGGUUCAGGAAGUCUGCGUUCCGACGUCGGUAGGAUUUGGAUUUAUUGGCGUUUUGCUUGUCCCCGCAAUUUCCACACCCCCAAUCCCGUGGCUGCGAGGUGA